AUGGACAGCAUCUUAGGCGAGAUCGCCGCGGCCCUGCAGGCCCGCAACGGCCCAGCCGCGGUUCGCUUGGUGCGGGAGUUGGACACCUCUCGGUCCAACCUGCUGGAGCAAAUCAUUCAAGGCUCGGACUCCCUGAGCCCUGCAGUGUUCAAAGAUGUGUUGGACGGCGUGCUGGCGCGUUGCGUCAGCGCAGGCGGCGCGAGCGGCACGCGCGCUGCUGUCGACAAAGCUAAGGACAAGCUGGCUAAAGAAGAGAUCCUUGUAAUAGACUUUUUGGCCAGUGUGGCCGACGACGCCAAAACAUGGGCCAGCUGCGCGCCCCUGCGCUGCCCCGAGUGCGCCGCAGCAGCCGGCGCCGCCGCCGCGCGCGCAGCCGUGGCCAUGGUUGCGGCCGGCGCGUGCGAUCCUGGUGGCGGUGGUAUCCUUGGGCGGCGCGCUCACGCGCGGCUGCUGGCGCUCACCCUGCUCGUUUCUCAGCUGCUUCGCGGCGACGCGGUGACGGAUGCUAGGCUCGCCAUUGCGGUCGCCGCCUUGCGCCCCAAGGGGACACUCGAGGCUGUGUUGGUGGCCGCGGCGAUGACCACCCUACCGCAAGGCUGCCCAGCGGGCCUUGGCAGCGCGCUGCUUGCGGAGUUCGAUCCUCUGCAGCUGAUCAUUACGGUGACCGACAUGUUCAUCAACGCCGAAGAGCAGUCUGCGGCGGCUGGGGUCGCGCUCAGCGCAGAAGGCGCCGCGGCGCUCGCGGCGUGGUCGGAGCUGCUGCAGGCUGCGGCGGGCGGCGCUUUUGAAGUCAUCUGUUCGCGCCUGGCCAAGGGCGGGGACGCCGCGCUCCCCGCCGUCUUGCUGGCGGGACUCCUGCCCCUCGCCAUGCGCGAAGACGCUGCGGCCAUGGCAGCGCUCGCCGCGCAGGCCGCAGUGCGCGCGGCGCUCCUCUUCCCGCUGCUCGCGGCCACGGCGCGGGCGUCCAGCUUGCCCCGCGGAACGUCGCUUUGGAUCUGGCAGUCGAUUCGCAUGUUGACCAUCGCCGGCCCCACUGACGCCAUAUUGGCAGCCUGCGGCGGGGCGCUGGCAAGGCACGCACUCGGCUUCAUCGGCCAGUCGUCCUGUCACGCGGGCGGCGCUGGGGUAGACAGGGCCCCCUACGUCCUUGCGGCGCCUGCGGUGUUACAAGCUGCCCGCUUCCUGGCGCACGCGGCCCGCGCCGAGCUGCGACGUGGCGCCCCCCCGCGCGGCAGCUGUGUCGCUGCUGCGCCGGGCGCGGCAGCCGCGCUGGUCAGCGCCGCGCGAAUGGGGCUUGCGGCGGUUAACGCCGAUGGAGACGCUGCCUGUGAAGAAGGUAGUAUCCUGGCCAGCAUCUGGGACUUGAUGGCGAUGGUGGCCUUUGUUGAGGCGCAGUUAAUCGGCAGCGCCGACAGCAGCGGCGGCGGCGGCGCUCGGGCUGGCGGCGGGGAUAGGGCCGGUCGCUGGCUCGGGGCGCUGCACGCCUUGGGGGCCAUGCCGCUGGUUGCGGACGCGCUGGCUGUGCCGGGCCUCGCUGGCGAGAGCAAGGCUAUGACUGCACUUGCUGCAGCAGUGCUGGCUUACAGCCUCCCUCAGCAGCAGCAGCAGGCGCAGCAGCAGGCGCAGCAGCAGGCGCAGCAGCAGCAGCAGCAGCAGCAGCAGCAGCAGCAGCAACAUGCGUCGAUCGCGGGCGGCACCGCAACAGAGGGGCCAGACCUGCGGCGGCGCGCCUGGGCGGCGCUGGUGGACGAGCGCGUCGCCUCCUGCAUCUCGGGGAUACAGCUGCUCUGCGACUUCCGGCGGACGAGCAGGGGCGACCUGGCCGCAACGCCGGGGGCGCUCGCGUUUGUGGCUUCCCAGUCAGCAAGCCUGGAUGUUUGCAUGUCAGGCAAGGGGGCUGACCUCCUGAAAGCUGUGGAGGAGUGGGCGUCCGCGGAGUGGGCGCAAUGCGGCGCGGGCGGCAGCCGCGGUCGAUUUGGUGACAGCGGCAGCGACGACGGCGGCAGCAGCACGAGGAGUGGCGGGUCACAUCAAGAUCAGACGGAUGAGCCAGGCUCGCCGGGCAGUGACGGGCAGGCCGCCACAGGGCAGGCUGAGGCGCCAGCGGCGAUUGUGCGCGCAGAGCAGUCCUUGGAGGCCAUCGUGCGGCUGGCCGCCGAGGCGGCGUCGGCCGGCGCCGAAGCGGCGACGAUUGUGGAGGCGGAAGCGCGCGUGGCACUGGCGGAGCUGCGCGUCAGAGAGGCUGCCGCGGAUGUGGAGGCGGCGCUGCUGGCGGCGAGCGACCUCGCGGCGCCGCAAUGCCGCCGGGAGUGGCUGCCGUCGCAGGGCCCGUUUGGUGGCGCCGCGCAGCUCCUGACAUUGCGGGACGGCUGCCGCGGGGCUCUGCUGGUUGGCCUGGCCAUGCAGCCGUCGCCGCCGCCUCCGACACAGCAGCAGCAGCAGCAGCAGCAGCAGCAACAGCAGCAGCAGCCGGACCCCGGCGCCGCGUACGCCGCGCGCCGCACCGCCCUGGAGGCAGCCCUGCUGCUGUUCUGCUCCGCCGAAACUGUUGUGCUACUCGUGCCGCACCAGCCCCUCUCGGCGCAGCCUCCGCCACCAGCGGGCCCGGACGCGGCGGCUGCGGUUGCCACGGACGACAGUCUGCUCGGCCCGCUGCCGGCCGCCGCGCAGCAGCUGCACAUGUUGCUGCAGGUCAAGCGGUUGAUGGCGCACGCACACCUUAAUGGCGGGAACGGCGGCGGCGGCGGCUCCGGCAUGGGCGGCAGCCACACUCCAGAGGCAGCGGCCGCGGCGGCGCUGCUGUCGGCCGCGCCGCCGGUGCUGCACCCGGUUAUCUGGAGCGGCGGCGGCGGCAGCGGAGGGCCCGGCGCAGCAGACGACCUACAACGCCUACAGGCAGAGACAGAGCGGCUGCUGGGCGGCAGCAGCAGUAUCGGCGGCGGCGGCGGCAGCGCAACCCCUUUGCAUCUGGCGAGCGGCGACGCCCCUUGCGCCGGCGCGGCCACCAGGGCGGGCGCAGGCCGGCUGUUUGUGUGGGGCCGCGCGCACGGGCUCCCGGAGCGCUAUUCGGCGGAUGUUCAUGCCGCCGCCGCCGCCCGCGCGUCGGACGCCUUCGCCGCGCGCGCCGCCGGCCCCGCGGCCGCCGACUACGCGCGGCGCCUCUUGGUCGCCUGCCUCGACCACUGGCGGCGCGGCCGGCAGGCGUGCGGCGCCGCGAGCCUCGUCGCGCGGCGCCCAUGCGUCCUCCCGCCGCAUGGCGCGGAGGCGGCCGCGCCCGGCGCGUCGGCUGCAGACAGCGAGGCGCUGGCGGCGCCGGCGGCGUCGGCGGCGCGGCACGAGUCGGGCGUGCUCCUGUGUGUGGCCGAUCCCGACGGCUCGGCCCUGGGGCAGCCCGCGGAAUGGUUCACAUUGGAAGAGGCCAACGAGGCGCCUGCACAAGCACUCCUCGCCGCCCGGCGCGCGGCGCGUGCGGCCGACGCGCCGUGCGGCGCAGCAGGGGAGGGGCGGGCGCUGGAGGUGCAAGCGGAGCCGCUCCCUGGCGGCGCCGCCGCCGCAGGGCCCGCAGGCGGCGGCGGCAGCGGCGGCCGCGCGCGGCGGCGGGCCACGGCGACGGUGCUUGGGCCGUGGGCCAGCUGUUGGGCUAUUGCAGGCGGCGGCAGCGAGGGCAAGUACGACCCUGCAAUGGGCCUGCAGCAGCCAGGCUUUGUGGGGGGCCGCAACAGGUUGCUGUGCCUGGAGCUGCGGGCGCCGCCGAUCCGCCGGCCUGGGCCCGGGCAGCAGCAGCAGCAGCAGCAGCAGCAGCAGCAGCAGCAGCAGCAGCCGGGCGUCCCGAGGCAGCCGCCGGCGGCGCCCUCGCCGCCGCCCACGCCGCCGCUUUCGCAGCAGCAGCAGCAGCAGCAGCAGCAGCAGCAGCAGCAGCAGCAGCAGCAGCAGUCUCACCACCAGCAGCACGCGCAGGCGGCGCGGAAGAGUUUCCCAGCCUGCAAGAAGUGA